UUUUGACAGACGAGACUUUGUCAGUGGUCUGUUGACUUUCUGCUAGCCUGCAGAGGAAACACAGUGUAAAGAGAAGGUCGUGUAACAAGUUUGCUAGUUUUACGUGUGUUUCAUUUAAGUGCAAAACACUUUAUCGCGAAGUCUUUCCAAAGAUCAAGUACCAGUUAACGUAGAUUUCAGGGAUAACAGUUACUUUUCAGGGAUGCAGGUGCAGAGAGUGGUUCUCAACUCGCGACCAGGUAAAAAUGGGACCCCAGUUCCUGAAAAUUUCCGGCUGGAGAAUUCGACUUUGACAGCUGACCUGGAAGAUGGGGAGGUUCUUGUUCGGACGCUUUACCUUUCAGUCGAUCCAUACAUGCGUUGCAGAAUGAACGAAGACACUGGUGCAGAAUAUUUGACUCCGUGGCUUUUGUCCGAGUGUGUGGAUGGUGGAGGUGUUGGCGUGGUGGAGUCCAGCCGCUGUGCAGGUUGCACGAAGGGAGAUGUGGUCACAAACUUCAACUGGCCCUGGCAGACCCAUGCUGUUAUGAAAGGAAGCCCCUUACAGAAGGUUCAUCCUCAGUUGGUUGAUGGCCGUUUGUCGUACUUUUUGGGAGCAGUUGGUAUAACAGGCCUCACUGCACUUUUGGGAGUAAGGGAGAAGGGGAAUGUGACCAAAGGGGCAAAUCAGACAAUGGUGGUGAGCGGUGCAGCUGGGGCAUGUGGCUCCAUUGCUGGACAGAUUGGCAGGCUGGAUGGAUGUGUGAGAGUGGUUGGUAUUAGUGGUUCUGAUGAGAAGUGCAGAGCUUUAGUGGAAGACUUGGGCUUUGAUGCCGCCAUCAAUUACCGUCAAGAGGACAUUCCUGCAAGGCUCGAGGAGAGCUGCCCUCAAGGGAUUGAUGUUUACUUUGACAACGUGGGCGGAGACAUCAGUGACACUGUAAUCAAACAGAUGAACACCGGAGGUCAUGUGAUCCUGUGUGGGCAGAUCUCACAGUACAACAAGGAUGUGCCGUAUCCUCCUCCCUUGAGUGAGGAGAUCCAGGAAGCCCUGCAAAGCAAGAACAUCACCCGGGAGCGUUUUAUGGUGCUAAACUACAUGAACAAAGCCGACAGUGCCCUCUGUGAGCUCAGCCAGUGGGUUAAAUCUGGACAAAUCAAGGUGCUGGAAUCUGUGGUUGACGGCAUUGAAAACAUGGGAGAUGCAUUUUGCUCCAUGAUGAAAGGGGGAAACAUUGGCAAGCAAAUUAUAAAGAUAUCAGAGUGAAUAAACAACCCGUAGCCUCCGGGAGAGACUGCUCUCUCCAGACACUUUGGGAAAAUAAACAGUGGUCUUUUGCA